AUUUCAAUAUGAGCUGUUUACGAAAUUUUCACGUUAUUUGCGUAGUUUUGUGGACCAUGUUGGGUCUGAUGUCAAGCUCAGAAGUUCUCCCUGAGAUGAAAAGUUUCGGCGCAGGCGGAAAGCCAGCAGAAACGAGUUGGAAAUGGAGUCGAGACAUAGUGAACGUUCAGCCAGAUCCUUGCACGUCCGACUCAGGAACCACCGGCAUUUGCUACAAGCCGAGCGACUGCAACGAAUUUCCUGAAGGAGUCGGCGAUGGAAGUUGCGCUCUUGGGGUCGGAGUUUGUUGUACAUUUAUAUACGAUGGAUGCUAUCUCACGGCGAAAUAUGCCGCGGCCGUCUUUGAGAAUCCAAGCUACCCUAAUCCUGAGAUGACAUCCUACAACAGCUGCCCCCUUGCCAUCACACCUGCCAAUAACAACAUUUGUCAGAUCCGCCUGGACUUCGGAGCCUUCACCUUAGCAGGCCCCAAUGCCGAGGGAGUGUGUGACCAGGACGCCUUCACAGUCACAGGCGCAACGUCAGCGGUCCCCGUUAUAUGUGGAGAGAAUACGAAGCAGCAUAUGUACUUCGAAGUGACUCCCGGUUUUAAUAAUGUUGUCUUGGACGUAAAAACGUCAACGGCGGGCAGCAAGUGGCAAAUUUCGGUAACCCAGAUCGAGUGUACUUCGCCCAGUCGAGUCCCGAGUGUUUGUCUGCAGUACUAGGCCGGGACCACCGGAACCAUCAAAAGCUUCAACUACGUGACGCCAACCGCUAUACCAACAGAGACCCGACAGCUUUCAAACCAAGAUUACACGGUGUGCCUUGCGUCGCAGCCGGACUUCUGCAGCGUCGCGUACACCAAAAGCUCUGAGCUCCCCAACGACUACAGCUUCUCAUUGACUGGAGAUACAACUGCUUAUCUGCCCCCGGCUCCCGGGUUCGUCGGGACAUACUGCACCACGGACUAUCUGACCAUCCCUGGGGCGGUCAUCACCGACUCGUGGUCCGUCCUGCCGCCGGGCUCCGUGGGUGACACUUUCUGCGGCCUGAAUUUCCCGGCCUCAGUGAAAAGCGCAGGUACUCAGCCCUUCAAGCUACACGUGAAAACCGACAACACAGAAACGUUCACGGACGUGUACAACGCUGGAUUUUCUCUUGACUAUUCUAUGAGCGCUUCUUGCUGAUUCAGUAAUUAUAGCGAGCAGCAUUUUGGUACCAUGAGCCGAUUUAAAUUUAAGUAGAGAACAUUUUCGAGAGAUUCCCGAUUGAUUUUAAAGAACAAUACUUUACCACCUGAUUGCUUAUAAAGAACAAUACUUUAUUACAGAACCGUUUAUUGACAUCAUGUCUCUAAAUUAGGUAACCUUGUUUCUGGGAAAUUCAUAUAUGAUAAAAA